AUGUAUACAGGAUUCGAUUUAGGCUCAUCGUUAUUAGAUGAAGUAUUCAAAUGUUUCCCAAUCGAUAAUCAAUCCAAUACCACUGGCACUGUGGAUUGUAAUGGUAAUAAUAAUAAUAAUAAUCUCCAUACUACCAUGACUAGUCAUAAUAAAGAGAAUGGAACUUAUUCUAAUUGUGACAAUGUUAUACUCCAUAAUAUGAAUAGUACAUCUGUGGAUGAUUCUACAAAACUAAUAAAUUCAACUGAUCAUUUGAACAAAGAAUCUCUAUUAACCAAUAAUAAUAAUGAUACUAGUAUUAGUAGUUGUAGUACUACUAAUACUAGUCGUCAUAAUAGUAAUAAUAGUACCAUAUUCAAUCGAACAUCAUCACCACUAUUGAUUGAAGAAUCCGGUGGUAAAUAUUCAUCGAAAUCCAAUGGAUUUCGUUUGUCGUCUUUACUGAAUAAAACUCAUCAGUUGGACAAAUCAAUACCACUAAUCAUGACUAGUACUACUACUACUACAACUACUACUACCAACAAUGCGACUACUGAUCAAGAUGUCAAAAAGAAACAUAAAACUAAUCAUACUACUACUAAUAAUAAUAAUAAUAGUAGUAAUAAUACUGCUGCUAACCAACUAGAUGAUGACGGUAUGAAUGAUUCCACUUAUACUGACAAUACCAUUAUCAAUGAUGAUGUAGCUGAUGUUGCUGAUGAAGACAUGGAUUGUCAACAUGCUGACAACAUUCAAUUCACUAACAAUAAUCAUCAUCAUCAUCAUAGAAAAGAAUUGAAAUCCACAUUGAAACCACAGAAUCCUUCUCAACAACAACAUCAUCAGAAGAAGAAUGCAUUUGGUGGGAGUUUAACACGUGGUCGUAGUUUAUCAACUAUAUCGAGAGCAUUCAAUAAGACAAAUAAUUUUUUCAAUGGUAUUCACCAUUCAUCGAUUCUUCAUCAUCGUGGUGAUAAUGAUGAGAAACAUAGUAAACAGUUGACAAUUAGUAAACCAAUUUUAUUAAGUCAACCAAAUUCAAUUACACAACAUACAUCAUCUAUCAAUCGUUUGGGAUUGAAUUCAUCCUGCUCUUCAUCACCUUCUUCAUCAAUGAUUGGUAAUUUAACUGAACCAAGUAGUUAUAAUAGUUCAACAACAAGUCGUGACAGUUCAUUAACCAUUAUCUCAUCAUCAAUUAAUGGUUGUCAUAGUGAUAAUAGUAUUAUUGGUCAUGGUUUUACUGGUGAUCCAAUUAAUCGGUAUAUAUCAACAUCAUUAAACAAUCCUACUAUUACUACUACUAAUACUACUGACAAUCAUGGUGAUAAUGACGACGAUCGGACAUCAUUUCAUGAACACAAACAACCGUCGACAUCCUCCGCUUCCUCUUCCUCUUCCUAUUAUUGUUAUGAAACAUUGACAACAAAUGGAGGCUCAAUCUCACCAGCGCUUAGUUUAACAUCUAUGCGAUCGACUACAGCAUCAAAUACUACUCAUUCUAUGAGUAGUAGUAAUACUCAUCAGAAUCAAAAUAAGAAUAACAGCAACAACAACAACAGCGCAACAUCAAUUAUGACACAAAGUUGUUUACGUGCAUUACGGUCGGGUGAAACAGUAUUUCGUGCAUCAACUAAUACUACUAAUAAUAGUAAUAUUAGUAGUAGUGGUAGUAAUUAUGGUACAUUGAAUUCACGAAAUCGAAGAAAAAUUAGUACAUCUGGUGUAAAAACAAAUACUCCGACAUCAACAUCAACAUCAUCAUCAUCAUUGUUACUGUUGACAGAUGAAGAAAGAUUAGCAAAUUCAACAAAACAUCAAACUCUAUCACCAUCAUCAAUUUUAGUUAAUUUAUCAACUGAUCAAAAAAAUCCCACUCAUGAAAAAAUUUCUUCAUCAAGUUUAUUACGACAAAAAUAUUCAUCAUUAUUCCCUAAUCAUCAUAAUACUACUGCUACUAGUACUAGUAAUACUACUACUACUACUAGUCAACAGCAUAAAACUACAAAUCGUACUCAUUCAUCGUCAUCCUCUUCAUCUUCAACAUCAUCUUCGAUAUCACCAUUGUCUACACCAUUUCUAGGCGAUUCUAUGCUACAGACAAAUCAUGUUCAAUCGAAAUUGAAUCAUCAUCAUCAUCCCAUUAAAACAACAACAACAGCGCUAAAAACAAAACCAAUCAACACUACAACCCCGACACCAUCAUUGUCUGAAACUAAUAAUAAUAAUAAUCAUGACGAUGUAUUGUCCAGUAUGAAUUUUGACAAUGUAAUGGCAUCAUUUUUAGGCAAAGAUUUUGCAAGUUUUCUUGACAAUGAUACAUUGAAUACCAGCACUGUUAAACAUGAUGAUGAUGAUCGUAGUCAAUUGAAUACAAAUCGUGAUGCUGAAAGAUUACGACGUAUGAAAAUUAAUCAUCGUCUCAAUCGACUUCGUACUAUUCUGGCACUUAAUAAAGAAAUGACACGAAUUCAAAUACUUAGAUAUGCAGCGGAUAAAUUGACAAUUGGUACACCUCAAACAAAUAUUUCUACUGCUGAAUGCAAAUCAGAUAGAUUAUCGAUCAUGUCUAUUAAUUCAGAUGAACACAUUAAAUGCUUGAUGCCUCCUAAUGAUUCAAUAAAUCAGAAGGAAAAAUUCACAAAAGCAUCCAUAGAACAAUAUCGUCGACGUCUAGAAAGAACUGAAUACGAUCGAAUACAUUCAAUUCUUGGUGGUGAAAAGAUGUCCGAUAUUCAAUUAUUAGAUAAAUUAAUUGAAAUGAUAGAAAAUACCGAGAAUUUCAAUAUAAACAAGUUGUAUCAAGAAAAAUCGACCAUGAAAUCGUUGACAUCAGCAUCAUCUUCAUCAUCAUCAUCCCAACCAUCAGCAAUAAUCAACGUGAAUGUUGAUACAAGAAAAGGAUUAAAAUUACUAAAUACUAAUCAGUUCAAUAUGAAUUCUGUUCAACAGUCAAUUGUCAAUGUUAAUUCAAUUAAACAAAAUGAGAAAUUGCAUGAAUUGAAUACAACACAACAACAAAGAAAUAAUUUACAAAAUGGAACAAAUACUGUUCCCUCCAUAAAUAAUUAUUGGCGACCAUGGGAAGAUGAUGGAAUAUAAAAUAAACACUUGUAUUGUAAAGUUUUUCAGCUACAUCCCUUCCUAAUCAAUCAAUCAAU